AUGCCGAAGAGAGCAGUGACGACCGGCACGCAGAUCAUGCGCCGGGCCAAGAUCGCGCAGCUGCAAGGAUCCAUCGACGAACUCGUCAAAGAGGCCGAACUCCUUUUAUCGAAGGAAGGAGGUCAAAGGGCCGACGAGUUGUCGUCAGAACACGUGGACUCGGAUCCAAAAAAGCUAAGUACACUUGUGGAUUGUAUUGUUGAAGAAUUGUACGCAUAUGAUGAGGCGUGUGAUGCAUUGGCCAGUGUUUUGGACUCGGAGACUCUGGAGGGUUCAGAUGAGGCUCUGCAAACGGAGAUCUGCGAUGUGGUUGCGUAUUCGGUACGCAUCAGAGGGUCAAUUGUUGAAUGCAAGCGAUCUCCGCAGUACAGAGCCCAGACGAACCGUCCAGAAGCUGCUACUACUAGUACUAGCUCACCAAGUAGCACCAAGAGUACGGGCAGUGCGGGUAUCAAACAAGAAACUAGUAUGGUUGAUUUGUCCAGCAUCCAACAGUCAAUAGGAGAUCUUGUUCGUACGCAGUCUAUUACACAUAGUCAACACCAGCAAGUAUUACAGUCGCAAGAGGAUCUAAUCAAACAACACCAACUAGUCGUACAACACAUGCAAGCAUCAUCACCUCAACCACAACCAGCUCCCACAAGUUCAGUCAAUUUGCCCAAAUUUGAAAUACCAACAUUUUCUGGUGAUUUCCUGAAAUGGGCUGAGUUUCACGAUAUGUUUGUUGCGUCUAUUGAUGCGAAUCAAGGGUUGUCGGGUGUCCAGAAACUGUCGUACCUAAGAGAUCACGUAACGGGUUUGGCUCGGGAUGCCAUAGCUGGCUUGCCCAUAUCAGAUACCAACUACACAACCGCGCUUGACAUUCUCCGCAAACGUUUCGGGAAUGAUCAGCUUCGCGUCAAUGCACACUACACGGCAAUCAUGGACUUACCGCCUGCGUCCAACGCUACUCCAUCUUUGCGUAGGUUGCACGAUGCGUUGGAGGUGCACUUGCGAAGCCUCACAGCGCUUGGUGAGAAUGUUAAUCAGGCGGUGUUUGUGUCAAUGAUUACGAACAAAUUGCCACGCACCACGCUAGCGGCUUUGGAAUUAAAAAAGGGGCCACAAUCCUGGACCGUUUCGGACUUGCGCGCUGCAGUAGCCAACUUCAUAAUAGCGAAUGAAGCAGCAGAUCGCCUCAGCCAGCCACCGAAAAAAUCGCACGAAUCACCAUCUGCCAGUGCGUCCGGUCAAUCUCUUGUUGCCUCAGCUUCAGCUACUUCAAAAGCGAAGCCCAAGAGAGUGUGUGUUUUUUGCAGUUCGGAGGCACAUUUCUCUGACGAAUGCAAUAAGUACACUACAGUAGAAGCGAGGAAGAGCGUAGCUAAACAAAGGUGUUUCAAGUGUUUGCGAUCAGGCCACUCCGUGCACGAUUGCUCUAGCAAACGGCGGUGUUUCUAUUGCCACAAUCCUGCACACCACAGCAGCUUGUGUCCAGAUAAAUUCACUGCCGCAUCCACUCAGAGGCAAGCUUCCACUAUGAGCCCGAAUGCUCAGUCCUUCAAACCCAAGCCUGCCACGAGCACGGUCGCAAACGCCGAUCACCAGAUCAUGAUGCAAACUGCUGUGGCACCGUUUCUCUCCUCCAAGCUGAAGCCGAUCAAUGGCCGUAUUCUCUUUGAUACCGGCUCCACCAAGACAUACAUCACGCAAGCUUAUCGAGAUCAGCUCGAUUUGCCCACAAUCGGAAAUGAAACACUCUCCUUGGCUACAUUUGGGAACAACAAAAGAAAAAGUACCGUGUACGCCAAGGUGAGUUUGACCAUGCAGUGUAAGGAUGGGUCCACUCGUGCGAUUCAGGCCAGUGUACUUCCGAACAUAACCGCUCCAAUUGCGCGAUGUCCACUUGCUUCUUCUUUUCCUCUUCUACAGUCUCUGCCACUUGCAGAACCGCUCUCCAGCAGCGCAGAGCCCAUGGUCGUAGACGUCUUGAUUGGUCUCGAUCACUAUUAUGAUAUUAUCGGCAAGGACCGCACCGAACUAAGCGGUGGUCUGGUCUUGCUCGACUCCGUUCUUGGUUUUAUCUGUACCGGCAGUCUGCCUGUGCCUGCCACCACAGAGGCGCAGUCAUGUCUUGCUCAUCAAACAGACACGGACCCUGAAUUCGACCUCCGUAAGUUCUGGUCGACAGAGAGCUUGGGUACUUUUGACGAUACGUCGUCGCAAGAUCUUGUGGGCGAGCGCUUCGCCAACUCCAUCUCCUUUGCCGAGGGUCGGUACGCGGUGAGUUGGCCCUGGAGGGACUCACAUCCUCCUCUUCCGACAAACUACGGUCUGGCUUUCGGUCGCCUGAAGGCACAAGUGCGUCGCCUCGAAGCCCAUCCGGAACUUCUUGACCAGUACGAUACCGUGAUUCAAGACCAGCUUGACAGGGGCAUGAUAGAAGAUGUUCCACACUUCCUUGCCACUGCUGACCAUCACGCCGAGCCAGCACUUGAUCACCAUGUCAACGUUGCCGCUGGGGAGGGUCCUUCAAGCACUUCGGAGAUACCUGCACCUGUAUCACACCCAACAGAGUCCACCGGUCCAGACACUGAGCUUGCACACGAAAUGAAAAAAAAGCCUGAUGCGCAUCACGAACAAAAAAAAACAUGUGAUGAACCACCAUUUGGUAUUGAUUGUGCCAGGUUUUCGUCUUUCAGUGCCUUAGUGCGUGUUUCUGCUCUGUGUUUGCGGUUUCUCUCCAGGUUGAGACCACAAGGCGGCAAGUCCUUCGGGGUGGAUUCUAGUUGUAACUCAGAGGUCAAGGUAGCCAAAAUCAUGUGGCUACACCAUGCACAACAGAAUCUGUCAGACGUCAGUGCUGUCGAAAAUUGUAAGAAGCACAGCCCGAAGGACAAGCUGCGGCUCUUCCUCGAUGAGAACCGCCUCAUCAGAUGCAGAGGACGCUUGGAGAACGCCGAACUUUGCUAUCAAGCAAAGUAUCCAGUACUGAUUCCCCAAACGCAUCCCAUCACCCAGCUCAUCAUCAACGAUUGUCACCUGAUGACGAUGCAUGGCGGCGUUGCACACACGCUAUCAAGACUGCGUUACGAGUACUGGUUACCACGAGGGCGUGCAACAGUGAAGUCAUUCAUCACUAAGUGCCUGACUUGCCGGAAGCACCACGGUGGUCCAUACCGCACCCCAGAUAUGGCCCCGCUUCCAUCUGCCCGCGCAACAAGAUCUAUCCCGUUCACCCAUGUGGGACUAGAUUACUUCGGUCCUCUGCUCGUCAAGCACCAGCCAAGUACCAAGAAGGUAUGGGUCCUCCUAGUGACAUGUAUGGCAACUAGAGCUGUCCAUCUAGAACUGGUGGCAGACAUGACCACAGAGGAAUUCCUGCUAGCGUUCCGCAGGUUCGUGUCGUUGCGUGGUUGCCCUGAAGAGGUAGUGUCUGACAACGCGCCACAAUUCAUCCUAGCUAAGUCUGUUCUGGAUGUGGCCUUUGAAGAAAUGGCAACGAGUGAUGAUGUCCUGUCGUACAUGUCGAGGACUGGUGUGAAGUGGCACUAUAACCCACCGAUCUCACCUUGGAUGGGUGGUUUCUACGAGCGUCUCGUUGGAACAGUCAAACGAAGCCUGAAGAAGGUCGUUGGCCGCGCGCUCCUCACUGUGUCGCAACUGACUACCAUUCUCAUGGAAGUGUCAGCAGUCGUCAACUCGCGUCCACUGGUGUACGUGGACAAUGACUUGCAGGAGAUACUCACCCCAAGUCAUUUUCUGUGCCUGUCCGCAACUACUGGUGGCGUGCAACCCACUGCUGAUGACGGCGAUCCGGACCACAUCGAAGUUCCGACUGCAGCUCAGAAUCUUCUCUCUGUCUGGAAGAAGGGUCAACGAACAUUGGACCAGUUCUGGCGUGUCUGGCGAGACGACUACUUGGCUGAUCUCCGCAACAGUCACACUCGGAAGCUCCGACAGGCACGCGUUACCGCUUCAGAACAGCCAGCCGUUGACGAUGUUGUACUAAUAAGGGAUGACAUGCCCCGUGGCUCAUGGCGACUUGGUCGCAUUGUCGCUCUCCAUACAAGCAAGGACAUGGAGAUACGUUCCGCAACCGUCAUCACUGCAGAGAAGACAGAGCUCAAACGACCCCUGUCUCUCCUGUACCCUAUCUGUCCUGCUGCUAACUCCGAGGCUAACAACAACAGCACCGCUCCGGACACACACACCACUGGCCAAGCCGAUCUGCCAGUUCCAGCAGCUGUUGCUCCACCCAGUCGUCCACAACGUGCUGCCGCUAAGAAGCAACGUCAGACGCUUCGCCAAUUAAUUGGCAGCGAACUUGUUUAG